GUCUUGCCUAAGCCAUGUGGUAAACUGUACUGUUUACGGAUUUAUUGUGGAUUUUGAAAAUUUAGCAUUUCAGCUCGCGAGGUCUUCUCAACAUUGUUCCAAGAUAAAACACAUCGAUUACUUUUAUUUCUAAUGCAAAAAUUAGUCCUAAAGAAAUAUUUAUAAAGAGAAAAAUAUGGCUGCACCAGCGCAGGGUGAGGACAGUGAUGAUGGCAUGGAUGAAUUUAUGGAGUCGUUCAAGACAAAGAAGUACAAAAAUGCGUUUAAUGAAGGCAACUGGGAGGAGGAGUUUGAUAAGGUGCCCAUGUUCAUGAAAACAGCUCCAGAGGAGAUAGACCCACUGAAACACCCUGAUCUUGCGUGCAUUCAGUCUAUUAUUCAUGAUGAUGACAGAACACCUGAAGAGCAAGCCAGGAACUACAAGGAUGAGGGGAAUGAGUACUUUAAAGAGAAGAACUUUAAGAAAGCUGUUGUGUCCUACACAGAAGGUUUGAAGAAGAACUGUGUGGACCUCGAACUCAGUGCUAUUCUGUACACCAAUCGUGCAGCUGCGCAUUUCCAUUUAGGCAAUAUCCGUUCAGCUUUGAAUGAUGCCACAGCUGCCAAAAAACUAAAGCCAGACCACAUUAAAGCCAUUUUAAGAGGAGCACAAUGUUGUAUAGAGCUGCAUCAUUAUUCAGAAGCAUUACAGUGGUGUGAUGAGGGUCUCAGGCUGCUGCCCAUUGACAAGAAUCUACAGGAGCUGAGAGCCAAAGCAGACAAGCAGAAGAGAGAAGCAGAGAGAGAUGCCAGAAAGGCUAAGGUUAAAGCAAAGAAGGAGCAGAACGAGAAAGACGCAUUGUUAGCUGCUAUUAAGGAGCGUGGCAUCAAACUCCUGAAACCCGAGGCAUCACAACACAAGGGUUCAGACAGUGAGGAUGAUGAUGGUGAUGGAGGUUCAUCUCGAGCCCUGGCUGAUCUGGAGCUUGAUGGAAUCAGCUCACAGGAGGCCACAGGAGCUCAUGUUUACAUGGAUGAGCAGGGUGUCCUCUACUGGCCAGUGCUGUUCCUCUACCCUGAACAUGAGCAGACCGACUUCAUAUCUGCCUUCUGUGAAAACUCCAGUUUUAUAGACCAUUUGGCAGUCAUGUUUGGUGAAGAACUGCCUCCCUGGGAUACAGAAAGAAAAUAUCGGCCACAAAAUCUUCAGCUGUUUUUUGAGGACCAUGAAAAAGGAAAUCUUUAUCAAGUUGAUCUCGAAAAGCCACUUCUUAGCGUCCUCCAAAACCAAAGGUGCACAGUGAAGGCAGGAACACCUAGCUUUAUCGUGCUGGUAUCAGGCUCUCCAUUUUGUAAGCAGUUUUUAUCGGGAAAAAAGGUGAAGAGAUUGAAAUUCUAAAGAGACGUUGGCCAUAAAUCAGCCUUCAGAUAAAUGACAUUUUGUUCACCCCACCCGUUGGAAAAGAGAAGCAAGCACACAGCAAGAAUGUGAUUUCCUCAGCUGCAAAGUUAUUCUGUAUAAAGCAUAUUCCACCUAUUUUAUGUAGGUGAAUUGUGUAGAGGUUUCUUAAAUCAAGCUAAAAUGUAUGAUUCAUUUUUGAUGAAUAAUAUUUUAAAACAAUUCUUACUGUGUUUAAAACAAAAACAUAAAAAUGUUCUGGUAAUGAUGAACAAUAAAUUAGUCUAAAAAAUGUUUCCACCUUACAUAGUUUACAUUACAUCACCCAUUACAUUAACCUAUUACUGAUUUAGUUUCCAUGAUGAGGAAACAAUGUACAAUGUGUCAUUCAUUGAAGUUUAGUCAUUCACAUGUACCACUAAAUGCUGUUUAGUUACUAUACUAGAUCCAGCUGUCUGAGACGACUGUCAAAAAUGCUUUCAUUUAGCAUUUCUGUCAUUUUGUACGUUUCAUAUUAUAUUAA